AUGGCCAGCUUAGAGCCCCCCACACCGCCCGUGGCAGUAGCAUCAGCCGCGGAAGGCUUGGGACUGGGUAGUAGUGCAGCGCCGGGCGGCCGCAGUAGUACAGCGAGUACCGCCAUUAAGUCUAAGAGAUGGAUGAAAUGGAGACGAGCUGUCGGGCUGUUAUUGCUGGCGAUAACAGUAUUUCUGUGGACGGCGUCGAACUUUCUUGCAAGCGACAUCUUCGCGGACGACACCUACAGCAAACCAUACCUAGUCACCUAUAUCAAUACGAGCUUUUUCAUCAUACCCCUGCUUCCCAUUUUGGUUCGGCGUCUCUACAAACAUCCUGAGGAUCUACGAGACUGGUGGACAGCAUUAUGGCAGAGCUCACGAGGGAAAUAUGCCAUGCUUGCCGGUGGUGAGGUCAGCACGAACAAUUCGUCCUACACAGACAGUCCACGCAGUUCCCAUAGAAACCAGAGUGUGGACCUUUCCGAGGAAAACCUCCUUAGCGAAGGCGUGGUCGACAGCCAGGAGCUCGAUUCCAAGAGAGUUGUGGCUACUGAGCCAUCUCGCAGCCGCUCUACGAAGCUCACUCUACCACAAACCGCCCGUCUUAGUCUAGAGUUCUGCAUCCUCUGGUUCGUCGCAAACUACUUCGUGGCCGCCUGCCUUUCCUACACCACAGUCGCCAGCAGCACGAUCCUCACGAGCACUAGCAGCAUCUUCACGCUCCUCUUCGGCGUGCUUUUCCGUGUGGAGCGCUUUUCGCUCCGCAAGCUCAUCGCCGUAAUAACGGCCCUAGGCGGUGUGGUUCUGAUCAGCUCUGUGGACUUCUCGGGCCAAAAUUCAGACGACGAGCAUCGUGGUGAUUUCCCGGAGAAGAGCUUUCACGAGAUGAUGGUGGGCGACAUCCUGGCGCUCGUAUCAGCCGUACUCUACGGUCUCUACGCCGUCUUCAUGAAGAAGCGUAUCGAAGACGAAACGAAAGUCAACAUGCCUAUUUUCUUUGGUCUCGUCGGCUUGUUCAACGUUCUGCUCCUGUGGCCAGGGAUGAUCAUCCUCCAUUAUACUGGUAUCGAGCCUUUCCAGCUUCCGCCAUCAUGGUCUGUGUCGGCCAUCGUCGUAUCGAACAGUCUCGCGAGCCUGGUCUCGGACCUUGCAUGGGCCUACGCUGUCUUGCUUACCAGCCCGAUUGUGGUCACCGUCGGGUUGAGCAUGACUAUUCCUCUGAGUCUGGUAGGACAAAUCCUUUUGAAUGGGCAAACAAGCAGUCCGCUUUACUGGGUAGGCGCAGUGGCUGUCAUACUGUCGUUUGUCUUUGUCAGCUCAGAGGAAGAGGAGAGGAGCCCGGAAGAGACGAUUGUCUUGGGCGACGAACAGAAUACGGCUCAUGCAGAGACUCCGUAG